GGGCCAAUAAAUCAGCAGUUGUAAAACGCGUAGACGUUUCUGGAAGGCCAAAAGUCAAGCCCUAUUCUAUCUUCCGACGCCGCCCUUUUCAUCUUUCCGAUCUCUGCCUCUCUCAGACUAGCUUGGUAUAGACUUACAGAUUUGGGCUGGACUUUGGUGUUUAUAGCUGCGAUCUUUCUAGAUAAGAUGCACUUCUGGUCAUCAUCAUACCAAAAUGCAGAUAUUGUACUGGUUUUUGUAUCUCAAUGGACACCAGGAAGUUCAUGCAACUGGUCGAGGAGAAAAAGAGGAGAGCUUUGGAGAAGAAAGAAGCCCCUUUGAAAUGGGAGCAGAAACUAGAAGCUGCUGCCAAGGCAAAAGCUGAUGCUGAAGCCAAAGAGAGGAAAUUGAAAUCUUCGAAGCACAAGAGAAGGUCUGUCUCAGACUCCGAUUCAGAUAGCGACGCCAACGGCACUGAUGGUAGGAGAAAAUCAAGUAAAAGAGCUCACAAGAAGCACAAGAAAGACCCUCACUCGGACUCGAGUGACAACGAAAAGAAGAAGGAAAAGAGAUCCAGGCGGAAGCCAAAGAGAUAUUCCUCAGUGUCAAGUGAUGACAGCAGUGAUGGAUAUGAGAGUGGCUAUGAAGGAGAUAAGAAGAGGAAGAAGCAAAGCCACAAAAGGCACAGGGGUCAUGAUUCUAGAUCAGAAUCUGGUGCUUCUGAUUCUUCAAAUGAUGACAAGGAUGAGAGAGUCAAGAGAAGUCAUGUGAAGUACCACAGGCGCCAUAGGAGGGCAGAUUCUGAUCUUUCUGAUUCUAGUGAUGAUGAUCGGAGAAGAAUCAGAAGAAGUCAUGCUAAGCACCCUAAACACCACCGGCAGUUGAAAUCUGUUUCUUCUGAUUCUUCUAGUUAUGAGGAUGGUGAGAUUAGAAGGAAAAGUCGUGCAAAGCACCAUAAAUGUCAUAGGCGACCAAAUAGUGUUGAUUCAAGGUCAUCGGAGUCAGAUUCCUAUAUGCGUGACAGAAGAAGCAGAUCUUUAGGGAAGUCAUCAGAUGACAACCAUGAUGAGGCAGGUAAACAUUUGAAGGACAAGAAAAAUGGCCACCUCCAUCAUCAUAGACAUGGUCACAAUCAUUACUCAGGAGAGGAGAAAGAUCACCAUCAUCGGGAUUCAGUUAAGCCCCAUGGAAAGCACAUCAAAGACCACAGUAGAAAUGGAACUGAUGACAUUAAUUAUGGUCCUGAUGAUCGGAAUGUGUAGAUGAUCUUAUAGGACGCAGAGUUCAUUCCCUGGUUUAGUCUUGUUUACAUGGAUUCUCAAUUGUUGGGAGGGAUAUCCUCUUUCCUGCAUUUGUACCUUAAACUUCUAUUGAAUUAAGAGGCUUGGCAUUCUUUAACAUUCCCAAUUAUGAAUUGAUAUCUGAAAAUUCUGCUC